AGUUAUAUCUGAGUAUUUUCGGACACACUGUUCAAUCUCCUCUGCUUGUCGUGCGCGCUUGACGAAAAGGUCGACACAGUUGGUUGCUGAACGAAGGACAGAAACUGCAUGUCAAUGUUCCUGAUGAAUUUGGUUUUUCUAACUGACCAUUGGAACUUUUCUGACAGUCUGUGCGGUAAAAUCUGCACGAAAGUCUGAUUUACUGCCUGGUUCUGAGGAAAACAGACGACACAUACGUUGGAAUCCCCUGAUAUCGGAGACCCUGCCAUUGUGUCAUUUUUUGAUGUCGUCAGAGAUCCAUACACGGAUGGAUUGCUACUCCACUUAUCGAUUCUGGGAAAAAGCCACGUCCAUGUCUGGUGACACAACCCCUGAAACCGUGUUCCAUGCUGAUGAUGCAUUACAGCCAGAUCCUCUUGUAGGCUUCCUAUAGUCGAGUCUCUUGCUAAAAUUCUCAUAGACCUCUGCUAAAGCCUGCUUUGAGAUCUCCUACAGUUGGGACCAUAAGCACAUGUCUAGGAUCAGCUUUUCCUCCCCCAAUUAUAAUCUCAAUUAUUAAUGAAGGAAAAAUUCACAACUGACCUUAAAUCAGCUUCAAGGGACACUGUCAUCCUCCUACUGGGAGUGGUGUGUCUCAUUGAUGUCACAAUAUAGAAGACUCCCUGGCCUGCCUUCAGAGCUCCCGCAGUCGCCAAUGGCUGCGUCUCCACUCCCAGAGCGUGACUCUGCGACCCUUCUGAAGCUGCAGGAAGUGGAUCCCAGCCGUGUUGGCCGCGGUGGCCGCAUCCUCUCGCCCAUCUUCAGCGCCCCGUCCCCGGCGCUGCCCAUGGAGGCCCACCCCAUCUGCAUCCCCUCGCCAUACACUGACAUCGGGCACGACUUCAACCCCUUGUCCUUCUACAGCCCCACUCUGCUGAGCUACGCUGGGCCCGCGCUCUCUGACUGCCCAUCCACCCACCAGUCCCUCAGUCCCUCCCUCUUCUGGCCCCCCCAAGCUCACAUGGGGCCUCCAUUGUCUCUGCACCAUCGGCCCCAAUCUCGCCCACAGCAAGGCCAGCCAACCCGAGUGUCCUGGGCGGAGCCCCGCGCCCUAUCUGAGAGCAGUAAGCCUCUGAGGAAGCGCUCGCAGGAGGGUGAGGAGACGGUCAUCUCGCUGGAAGGGAAGGCUGAACUGCACUUCUGUGCCGUGUGUCACGACUACGCGUCGGGCUACCACUACGGGGUGUGGUCCUGCGAGGGCUGCAAGGCUUUCUUCAAGAGGAGCAUCCAAGGUCACAAUGACUACAUCUGCCCGGCGACCAACCAGUGCACUAUCGAUAAGAACCGCCGCAAGAGCUGCCAGGCGUGCCGCCUCCGCAAGUGCUACGAAGUGGGCAUGACAAAGUGUGGCAUGCGUCGCGACCGCAGCAGCUACCGGGGUCAUCAACCGAGGCGCGUGGGUCGCUUCUUCACCCGGGGCACUGCUAGCGGGCCCAAGCGGGUCCUAGCUGAGGGGAGCGAGCCAAUCAAGGAACUCUGCCCCACAGUAUUAACCCCGGAGCAGCUGAUUGGCCGGAUCAUGGCGGCAGAGCCACCGGAGAUCUUCCUCCAGAAGGACAUGAGGAGGCCCCUGACGGAGGCCAACGUCAUGAUGUCACUCACCAACCUGGCCGACAAGGAGCUGGUCCACAUGAUCAGCUGGGCCAAGAAGAUCCCAGGAUUUGUGGACCUGUGCCUGUUCGACCAGGUGCACCUGUUGGAGUGCUGCUGGUUGGAGGUGCUGAUGCUAGGGCUCAUGUGGAGGUCUGUGGACCACCCUGGUAGGCUCAUUUUUUCCCCCGACCUCAGCCUGAACAGGGAAGAGGGGAGCUGUGUGCAGGGUUUCGUGGAUAUCUUUGACAUGCUGCUAGCUGCCACCUCCCGGUUCAGAGAGCUCAAGCUGCAGAGGGAGGAGUACGUCUGCCUCAAGGCCAUGAUCCUCCUCAACUCCAACAUGUGCCUGAGCUCCUCGGAGGGGAGCGAAGAGCUGCAGAGUCGCUCGAAGCUCCUGCGCUUGCUGGAUGCCGUAACAGACGCACUGGUGUGGGCCAUCGCAAAGACAGGCCUCAGCUUUCAGCAGCAGUCUGCGCGCCUCGCCCACCUGCUGAUGCUGCUGUCACACAUCCGCCACGUCAGUAACAAGGGCAUGGACCACCUGCACUGCAUGAAGAUGAAGAACAUGGUACCCCUGUACGACCUGCUGCUGGAGAUGCUGGAUGCCCACAUCAUGCACAGCCCACGGCUGCCCCACCAAGCCAACUCAGCGGGCCCCUGUCCAGAGGUGAGCCCCCCGCAGCCCACCACCUCAGCAGUUGCCCCGGCCAGACAUGGACCCCCAGCAGCAGAAGCGAGCCUCAACAGCAGGAGCAAUUGGACUGCAGGGACCCCGGUAGAAAGACAGUGGUGAAAAGGGAUCUCUAGCAGCAAAAAGGACAAUGGAGAGAAUGUGACUGGGACCCUUGUGGACGGCUACUUCUUGGAACGGCUUUUAACACCACUCUGAAACAGAGGAACUGGAACGAGUAUAAGGGUUUUUCAGAUCGUGCCUGGGAGGGGCUGCAUCCCAAUGCUGUCCAAUGAAAACUCCUUUCAGGCAUUAGCACUGUUCUUGACUGUUUUCUCGGAGGCCGCAAACAUAAAAAAUAUAACAAUAUUUAAUGUCCCUGCUAAAGCUGUCUUUUGGUUUAUGAUCAGGUUUGAAUGUAGCCUAGCUGGGGCGACCCACGUGACCACACAGCGAGGAAAAGUUGUGACUGACUGGUCUGGAAAGGAGGCAGUUUGUUAAUGCAACAUUUGCUCAGAAAUUGAGCGGACUCAUCAAUUUAGUUUUAUGAACUGUUUUUUUCCCCCCAGGGGCUUGAGACCUCUCAUUGUUUGGAUUUGAAAAUCCAACAGUUGUAAUGGAAGGGAGUGGCGCUCGUGUGUUUGAGUGAGAACCAACCAGCAAAAGCACAGCCCUUCAUUAUCAACUUAUCGUCCUGACAACAUCAAAACAGCCUUUCCAGACUCUGAAGUCAGGAGACUUCAAGUUCGGUAUCAGCCAGACUAGUUUGAAAGUAGAAUCUACGAGAAAGUCUGAAAUUAAACAUCAGUGGAUGAGUGGCAAUGAGGGAAAGGAGAUGAGAGGAAGGCAGUUAGGAGUAGCUUACUGGGACACAGAAAAGCCCAAGAAAAGGCACUUUCAACAGUCAUCAUGGACUCUCCCCUCUUCUUUUGUACUGUCGGAGGGCGACAGGUAGCCUAGCCGUUACAGCGUUGGGCCAAUAACCUGAGCCGACAACGUGCAAAAUCUGUCGAUGUGCCCUUAAUCCUAAUUUGCUCCAGGGGUGCCAUACUACCAUGGCUGACCCUGUAAAACAACCCAUAUUCGCUGCACCUAUCUGGUGUGUGACGUGUUGUUUAUUUUUUUUACUGUCAAUGGGAUAAUCUGUAUAAAUAAAGCAUCAAUAUAAAUAAAUAUAACUUUGAGUGACAAUCAAAAGAUAAUGGCCAUUUGCACUGGUUCAAAUUGUUUAACUGUCAUGGAAGAAAGAAAAACACAUUUUAAAACUAUAUACUUCACCUCAAGAUCUUAUUCCUUUGCUUUACCCUUAGGUUUUUGUUCCACCAUCUGUAUAGCUUCAAACUUUGCAUACAGUACGCAAAGUAGACACAUGUCCUAAUAAACAAAUAUAUUUCCAGCUGAAAAGGUGGAGGUGAAGGGUCAUGCUACUGUCAUUCCACUCUAGAACACAUUCCCUUUAAGGUGGACUCCACAAUAAGAAUAGCAUCAUACACAGUGGGACAAAGUCCUGUUUGAAUCAACAAUAAAAUCUAAAUGACACUAUUUUGUCUCCUCAAAUAAAGAUGCAAAUUAAGACGGCAGAUUUUUUAAUUCCUUCGCAAAAAGUGCCUAUGGGUCCAAUCCCAUCUUCAGUAAUGGGAGUGUGACUCAAACAUUCAUACAAAUUAAUUUGGGACUUACUUGAAUGUCAGUUUUACGUCCGCGUGUCUCUAGCUAAAAUUCAGCCCUUCAUACGUGGGCAAUGUGAUCGAAUUCUGACCACAAUGUUGUUUCUGUGUUUAUUCCUACCGGGAAGAAAGCAUGGUGAAAUGAAGAGAUACAAUAAUUGUAAUAUUGUAAUAAGACUCACGCCUUUCAAAGAGCACAGUGCAACGCUGUUAUGUUUAUGUACAACUUUAUUUAUGACUGGCCCAAUAAGGCCCAGUACAAGUUCAAUUCCCGGUUUAAAAAACGGUGUCAUCUUGACAGUUUUGGAGGGAGGGUCUUAGGCGUGCGAACCCGAAGUAGAAAAUACAUUUAUUUGUGUGUUUUGUUUUAGACCUGUUGUACUUUGUGUAGUUGCUACUGGCGACCAAGAAAGUGUUUAGAUUGUGCCUUCUACAUAGCGACCAGCUUGUCUUAAACGCACACAUCAGCUGUCCUGACUGUUUAUUAUAUCUGUUAUGUCUUUGUGAUAACAGUAUUAUGUAGGGGUGAUUAUGACUGGUUCAAGUAAGGUGUUGCCUAUAACAUAACCCACCUGCUAACUGGGCCUUUCCAUCCAUUCAUCAGCUUUGUGUUGUCCUCACACCUGACAAUAUUUAGGCCAGGAUUCAACCCGAGUCAUGUUAGCGCUGUCGACAAUGCAGCUUUUAAAGGCAAUAUUCCUAAAUGUAUGGUCACGGUAAACACUCUACAACAUGCAUUGGAUUGAAUCCAGGCCUUAGAAUGCCAAUGAUACAUUCAACUAAUGUGAGGUCCUAAAGAUACACACAAUAGGAUCACAAUCAAAACAACUGAAUAUUAGGAAUGUGUUCCUCAUGUUUGGUAUACUCAGUGUAUAUAGAGCCUGUCUGCAUUCUUUAUUUCUGUUACCUUUAGUUUAUCUGCGUAAUAUUGACUUAAACUCAGAACCACUUGUUUUGCAAACAUGGUCCUGUUUUAUAUAUUGCUGUGCUGAUCAAUGGACAGUUCAUUACCUCUGUCAAAUGAAUAUGUAGCUUAAAAUUGUGUUUAUUUCAUUUUGCAAUAAAGAUGGUGACGCUACGAUAAUGCACAUUUAAAUUAGGCCUAUAUCCAAAAACACAUAUGGCCUAAUGAUAUAUUUUCGGCUUCAGACGAACGCCUAGUUCUCACACAGGUUUUUUUUUAAAUUAAAGCCUUUUCAAUGCCUUAAUAAUCAACUAUGUCGCAGUCUGCUUUUGCCAAGCUUGUAGUAAUAGAAAAGCAGAGUGCUAGCUUUAUUUCCUGUGCUAAUUUAGCCAAUUUCCUUUCAGUAGCGCUAUAUUACCUACCUAGGCUAUAUUUACUCUGGUCGAGGAAGCAUAUUAUUUACUUUUGAUGACCAGACAGCCAUAGCUGCAUCCCACACUUUUAAUUUGUAAUGUCUCAUUUUGGGGGGAUUUCUAGCAUCAAUAACAAAGUACAGUAUAGGACCUCAGGAGAUAUGAACUCUUCGGGAAUGGAGGUUGUUCAGAAUGCUGACGUAUUCUUUACUUUGACAUGGAUUUAACGCAUGUAGACAAUCUGAAUUACUUAUUAACAUGUAUUUUCUAACCAUUUAGUAAAAAAAACAUUUACGUUUCUGUAAUCUACAGACUCAGGCGCAUGAGCAACAUUUACGUUUUCUUUGCAAUUAAUAAUACAUUUCCCGGUUCCAUAUUUCCCGUUUGAUCGGUCAGUCCGUAACUCGAGGUUCUACUCUUUAACAUGAGAUCUGAAAUAGUAUGCGGAUGCUAAUUGCUAUCUCUGGGUCCAUUUAGUCUGUCAUUUAGAAAAAUGGUUAACUAAGGCCUAGAUUCAAUCAGUUCAGAGUUAACCCGUGAUAACCGACAACUGCAUUGCAUAUCAUUUAUUUUGUUUGGGCGGUGUAAUUUCUACAUAGCCUACACUUUCUCAUUCUGAAUUUCUAACACGGGUGGGAUUUAAGGAUGGGUUUGGUUUCGUGACAAUGACCACAAGAGUGGGUGCUCGCCGAUUUGACAGCUCCAACGCAGUUACCCCAGACCUCGUCCAAACAAAAGCAAUAUGCUAUGCAGAUGUCAUUUAUCGUGGGUUAAUGCAGAUCUGAUCUGAGUCUAGGCCAUAGCUCACAUCAGCUGUUUAAUACUAUAAGACAAACACCAUUGAUCUUUGUCAACACCAACAGUAGACUCCUCUCGAGGCAAGAAAUGUUUCUGAGUUAACUAUUUUUAAUUCAACUAGUCAGCUGUGCACAAGUCCUUUCACUUUCCCAAUGACUGAGCCAUUUGUAGCCCAGCUGUGCAUUCUGCUUUGAACGAUCUCUGAGAAUGCUGUACACUGCCAGCAGGAUAAGGAUACACAUGCUUUUUCAACUGUAACGUGAGUGCUUUAAAUGUCAAGGUUUCCCAAUGUGAAUUUUUAUGUGGAUUUUCUCCCACCGUCGCACAGGAGUAUCUUUCUUUGAA